AUGGCGAAGACCCCACAGUGUCAUUGUUCACCGGCACGGCGGAAGCGCAACCGAAGGCGCGUGCUAAGGCACCGUUUGACAAUCUGUGUGAGAAGACUGCUGUUACACCGGAGCCUGCCUGACGGCAAGAGCCACGAACCGAGCUUGACACCCGUUGCAGCUUUUGGGGCUUUCUUGAGUGGUUUCUUGGAGACCAGCGGCCUGGCUUUGGCAGUUUUCUACAGGAGUCUGUUCUCGGAGGUGCCGCAGUCAUGUGCCAGACGCAACAGCAAGGACAUUUUUCCUCUGCCACCGAUUCUCGAAUGGGACGUUGGUUUCGCUGCCACCGACGAGCAGGCGCACCUCGUGUGCUCAAACCUCUGCAUUGCCGCGCUCAACUUUCUGUACCAGGGCAUGCCGAAGAACCCUUCUGAGAUUCGCAGCAGUCGCAGAUGUUCUUCUGCACAACUUGGGGUCCACCAGCACAUCAUGCAGAGAACUGCACGUCACCUUCGCAGACUGGCUGAUGCCUGGGAGGGCGGCUUCAAGUGGACAGGCUCCUUCUCGAAGUACGAGUCUGCCAGCAGUUCUUGUUACGAGAAGGUUCGUGGCGACGACGUUGACCUGCCGUCCACUGCAGCCACCUGUGACCCUGCUCUCCUGGCGCGCGAGGAACUGUGGAGGCUAGUUGUCCAGCCCGAGAGCGUUUUUCCUAACGCUUGUGAGCCGAGCGGGUUGGUCAGAGAAGCUCCGCUGACUGGUCAGGAACGCCAAGAGUACUUGCGCCUCACUGUGCGUGAACUGCAGUGUGGCAAGCUCCGACUCCGGCACACUGUCAAGGGGCGUGCCAGAAUUUUCGCUGCCCCCAAGUCUGCGGAAGGCAGACAGCGGAAGAUCUGGGACGGCUCUGCUCUCUCAAGCAUUGCGGCGGUGCCUCCGGCCCCACACCGCUUGGCAAAUCCGAGUUCGUUCCUGGACUUGUUGGUUCGCCCAGGCGAGAAGCUUCUGUUGUCGAAGAGGGAUGCAAGCACAUUUUUCGACAGCUUGAAGGUUCCGAAGGCUUUGCAAGAGUGGUUUGGCCAAGCUCCGGUUCGGGUGGGAGAGCUGCUCAGCUUUGGCUUGAAGCUCGACGACAUCCGCCGCUGGACCGACGACCUUGGGGAGAAACGGUUGCAUAAACACGCUAUACUUUUUCCUGUCAAUGUCGUGUGGCCCAUGGGAUUCAGUUGGUCGUCUUGCAUAGCCCAAGACACUUCACUGGGCUGUGUCUUGGAAGCUGGUGUUGCUGAAGACUGCAUCCUAAGCCUGGACCACGCGCUGCCAAAACAUCAGGACGAGCUCUGUGCAGUUGCUACGGACGAUGUAAUGUUUUUCCACAAGAACCACGAUCGAGGGCGCACUACGCUUCGCAGGUUGGACCGCGUGUUCGCCGAACACGGUGUGUCUAAAAACUUCAAGACUGAUGUCAGCCUAUCCUCUGCCAUGACAGGGCUGGGUUGCGACAUCAGUAGUUUUCCUCCGCUUGUUGAGCCCGCUUGCAGGAAACUCGGAGGCAUCGUACUGUCUCUUUGCGACUUGCUUUCGAGUCGUGUGGCCAGCCCCAAGGCUGUCAGCUCCUUGCUGGGGGUCUUGCAGUGGUUCAGUCUCCUGCAAAGGGGAAUGUUCAGCAUGUUCGACGAGGUCUACAAGUUCGCUAGCCAGCCGCAGCAGCAGGAGCGAAAGCCUUUGCCUGAACAAGUACUUGGCGAGCUUGUUGAGUUCCUGGCUCUGGCUCCGCUGCUCCCGGCUGCUCUUGACAGGCAGUUUCUGGACACGAUGCUGGCUUGCGAUGCCGCUCCUGAGUUUGGCUUUGGGGUCUGUGCUUUCGACUGUGGCCGCAGAGUCACUGAAGAGGUUGGGAGGCUUGCUGAGCGUCGAGGAGAUUAUGUCAGAUUGCUUCCUGGGCCUGCUUGUGCUGAGGUGCCGAGAAGUGGCACGCAGCACAGGCUCCCGUUCGAAGAACAGCAGUUUCGCACACUCAUUUCCUGCAAGGCACGCAAGCCUGCUCACUCUGGUCUGUUGGAAUGUCAUGGAGUUCUUCUGACUUUGAAAUGGGUGAGCCGCAGCAAAGCACGCUUUCACUCACGCCCAGUGAUUCUUGUCGACGCCAAGGUUGCUCUCGGCUGCAUAAGUAAGGGCAGAAGCUCUGCAAGAGCUUUGCGCCGAGUGCUCCGCAGCACUGCAGCCGUUUGUUUGGCAUGUGACCUCCUACCAAGAUUGAUCUACAUUCCCUCGGAAUCUAAUCCAGCCGACGGGCCUUCAAGAGGCCAUCCAAGGCGCAAACAGAUGUAG